GAGCAGAAUAAACGCCGGAAAUGUGGAGCUUCUUUUAAUUGGUAACCUUUUACUGUUCUGCAUGUGCACUGCAUUUGGUGAGAGGUAACUAGGUGUACGUGUGUACCAGUUCUCCUGGCACUUCACGCUAUAAAGAAAGAGCAGCUGCUACAGCUAGAGCUAGAGCUAGCUAUCAAAUUGCAAAGAUGUCCAAGAGUAGUGAGCCACACGAGGUUGACUACUAUAAUCUCCUUGAUCAGACGCUGUAUCUAGCAUCCCGUAUCUACGAUGACCCGAAAACACCCCCCACCCCCCUGGAUAUGCACUCGGCCUGUGCUAUCGGUAGCUACCAGAGCGUUAAAGACGCCAUCGAAGGUGGAACCGACUACAACAAAAGAAACAAACCUGGAUGGACCCCCCUAAUGUAUGCGUGCUACGUUGGUCAUGACACUGUCGUCAAUUUGCUGCUUGAUUCGGGGGCGGAACCAUCUAGGGGAACCCCCUCUGGACUCACACCUCUCAUGGUGGCCGCAGGAUGUGGGAACGAGUCUGUGUGCUACUUCCUGUUACAGGCUGGUGCAGAGAUCGACUCCCAGGACACUAAUGGCUACUCUGCCGUGGUGCAUGCUGUGAGGCAAGGUCACCAGACUGCCGUACAGCUGCUGUUAGAGGCCGGAGCCGAUAUCGAGCUUAAGGAUUAUGAGCACGGCUACACUGCCCUCAUGCAAGCCUGCAUUGAAGGUGAUGAGAUCAUCGUCGAUGUCCUGGUCGCCUGUGACGCAGACUUGAGUGCAGUGGACAACAACGGGGAGACUGCUCGCUCGCUUGCCUACAAGCAUCACCACGUCCGCACGGCCACGCUAUUGGACAAUGCCAUCUUCAUGUUCAAGCAAACCCCAGACAACUCUGGUACACUUCCUUCCAUCCCGGACGCUAACAACGAUGAUGGGGGCAAAGAUGGAGAGGGAGAUCUCUUCUCGGGUGCCAAAGAUGCGGAGACGUACCAGCAAAGCCUCAUCGUCAAGAAGAGCAUCCAGGAGAUGUUGGGACGCCGCGCUGGACCACGCUGGAGUCUGCCUCAUGACUACAUUGCUGCUCGCAGAGCGAGUGCCCCGGCUGCUCAGGAAAUGACUAGCCAGCAAAGAAGACGUCUUCUCAGAGCAGCUAUGUCGAUGCCAGAUAGAGAUGAGGAUCUGUCCGAAGAAGAGCCAGUUGUGGAUCGUCAGUUGGCAGAGUUUCUGACAGAGUUGAAUCUGGAGAAAUACAUUGAAGUGUUUGAACAUCAAGAAAUAGAUUUCCAGUCCUUCCUCAGUCUAACUGACGAAGAACUCAAGAGAAUCGGAAUCACAUUGAUGGGACCACGUCGGAAGAUCUCAGUGGCGGUGGUGGAGUACCGACAGAGACAAGCAGAGGAGGAAGACGCAGCUCCUCUCAAGACACACACACCAGACAAGAUGGCGGAGAGUGGGCGUAGUUGUCAUGGCGAGGACGAGGGGGACACUAUCGGAGCUGACUUACCAGCGUUUAAGAAGAAAGGUCGUCCAAUGCUAGUGAAGCAAUCAAGCACUGACGUCACAGCCGCCUAUCGCACUGCUCUUGAGAAAGUUGAAUAUCUCGAGGAACAGCUGGCUAAAGAGAAUCAGUUGCGCAAGACCACCGAUGGCUACAUCCUGAACUUGCAGACCUCGCGACAGGAAGCAGUGAGCCAUGUCAAUCGUGUGAGGGGUGGGCAGAAGGACACGGCCAAGCACUUCAAAGCAGUCCAAGUGACGUAUAAGAAGCUAUUUGACGAGGUGGAGUGUCUGCGUCUCCUGAGCACCUCGUCAGUUGUGGAUCCAGAUCAGCUGCACAAACUCUACUCUGAGAUUGUCACUCAGUGCUCUAAGAUGGGUAUGGAAUUUGAAGCUCUCUCAAGGAGUGUGGAGGCCUCUAAAGAAGUCACUGAGUCGUUGGCCUAUCAUUUAGGAGGACUAUAGAAUGAUUUAAUUUAUUUUUAAUUGUGCAUUAAUUUUGUAUUGUGUAUUACACUCGUUUUUAAGCCGCGGAUAAAAGUAUUAUUUUCGCGGCUUUGUCUCGAAAGAUAUAACAAAUUUUGCCUGGAGAA